GCUGAAGCGACACCUAUCAUAAUAAAAAUGAAGAAAAUGGCGAUCCUCUGAAAUAAUGAUUAACGAUAGUGAAGGACCACAAAACGGAGGGUCACUGGGCCCUGUUUCCGGAGCAAUAGGCAUGAUGACUAAACAGCAAGAUGAAUCUAUUCAACGGCCACAGUAUUCUAUGCCUGGAAUAUUGCAUUUCUUGCAAACAGAAUGGUCCCGUUUCGAGAUGGAGAGAUCGCAAUGGGAAGUUGAACGUGCAGAACUCCAAGCGAGAAUUGCAUUUUUACAAGGAGAAAGAAAAGGGCAAGAAAAUUUAAAGCAAGAUCUUGUCAGAAGAAUAAAAAUGCUGGAAUAUGCCCUGAAACAAGAAAGGUCAAAAUACCACAAGUUAAAAUAUGGAACAGAAAUCAAUCAGGAUGAUUUGAAACCUCCAGCACUAGAAAAGAAAGAUGAUGAACCUGAGCAAAACGAGAUGACAACAUCUAACAGUAAUGUAUCAUGGCGACAAGGAAGACAUUUACUGAGGCAAUAUUUACAAGAAAUUGGAUACACGGAUACAAUCAUUGAUGUGAGAUCAGCUCGAGUAAGAUCAUUACUGGGACUUCAGGCUCAUAAUACAGAGAAUGAAGCUGAAGGAGCACAACCAGCACUGGUGAAUGGAGAAUUAUCACCAGCCAAAAGAAAUAAUGACCAAGGAAAAGCAAGGCCUGCUGGUAAGAAAGUGCCUGCUUCAUUAGUGGAUGAUAUCUUUAUGGAAAGUGAAAAGUCUGUUCUUGCUACCCUUGAUUUCCUUGAUAAUGAAGGUGUUGAUGAUGAUGACGAUGAUGAUGAAGACGAUGAUGAUGACAAUGAUGAAGAAGAUAUUAUGGCAGCAGACGAGAAAAGAGAAGUAAGAAGAAUUGUAAAAAGGCCUGGUCCUGGUGUUGAUGGUAUUAUUGCUGGUGAUGAAGAAACAGAAGAAGCUCUUAGAGAAUUUGAUUUCCUUGUUGCUGAAAAUGAAGAUGGCGCUGGUGAGACACGUAGUCAUGGUGAUGGACCAGAAUGGGAGAAGAAAGAUGACGAAUGGAAAGUUGAUCCUCAAAAACUAUCUAAAUUUAAAGAACAGUGUGAAAAAGAAAGAAAAGGCAAAAAAUCAAGACCAAAAAGAUCAGCAUUACAAGCCAUGCUUGCUAAUCUAGGCAAUGAAGACGAUAUGCAUGCUGGAGCAGCAUCGUCAGGACAAUCUUCUUCAUCUUCGGGAAAUAGCAUGCCCGAUAUAGAUGAAAUGGGCGUUCAGGGUGGUGGAUCCAUGCCAUUUUCAUCGUCUAGUAAUCAGCGACAAAUAAUGAAUGCUGAGGAAGAUGCUCUGGAAGCAUUAGAACUGGGGGAAUUAGCUGGAAUAACUCCUCAGGAUGAAUUUGACCCUGUUAAUAAUAAUUAUGAUAAUUUGUCACCAAAAGAACCUUUCAGGAAAACUUGGAAUGCCAAGUACACGUUACGAAGCCAUUUUGAUGGUGUUCGAGCCCUGGCCUUCCAUCCUGUUGAACCUGUUUUAUUAACAGCUUCUGAAGACCAUACAUUAAAAUUAUGGAAUUUACAGAAAACAGUCCCUGCAAAAAAAGCUGCAUCAUUAGACGUUGAACCUGUAUAUACAUUUAGGGCACAUAUAGGGCCAGUAUUAUGUUUAGCCAUUAAUGCUACAGGGGAACAAUGUUACAGUGGUGGAAUAGAUUCUACAAUAAAAUGUUGGAAUAUACCAAAUUCAAACAUAGAUCCAUAUGAUUCAUUUGAUCCAAGUGUUUUACAAGAAACUUUAGUUGGUCAUACAGAUGCAGUAUGGGGUUUAUCAAUACACUCAUCUAAAACACAACUACUGUCCAAUUCUUCUGACGGAACAGUGAAGUUAUGGAGUCCAGGAGCCAAAUCUCCAUUACUGAAUUCAUUUACAGCAGAUACUGAUGAUGGUGUACCAACAUCAGUAGAUUUUGUGCGUUGUGAUCCUAGCCAAAUGGUAGCUUCUUACACAUCUUCUAAUACUUACAUUUAUGAUUUAGAAACUGCAAAACAAAUACUCUGUUUAGAAACUAAAAUCAAUAUAGAUGCUAAUAAUAGUAAUCAAAUAAAUAGAAUAAUAACACAUCCAACACGUCCAGUCACUAUUACAGCACAUGAAGACAGACACAUUAGGUUUUUUGACAAUAACACAGGUAAAUUAAUCCAUUCAAUGGUGGCACAUUUAGAUGCUGUUACGAGUUUAGCAAUUGAUCCAAAUGGACUAUAUCUAUUGUCUGGAAGUCAUGAUUGCUCUAUUAGGUUAUGGAAUUUGGACAGUAACACUUGUGUACAAGAAAUAACUGCACAUAGGAAAAAAUUUGACGAAUCAAUAUUUGAUGUUGCUUUCCACCCGUCAAAGCCUUACAUAGCCAGUGCUGGAGCAGAUGCAUUAGCUAAAGUAUUUGUAUGACCCGGAAAAUAGGGCUUAGGAUAUAGCUAUUUACCAUUCAAUGCAAAAGUAAAGGCCCUGGCCUUAACUCUUCGUGCCCAGGGAACAUAAUCGUGCUGUGUUCAUUUGUAAGCUUGGAACACAAGGAUAAAUGUAUGUCUGGAGAGAGUAAAUAUUCAUGAGAAUUUGUAAAAAAAAAGAUUUUGUAUUUAAGAAGUUUUUGUGUAGUGUACAAAAGACAUUUAACAAAUUAGAUUUUUAAAACAAUUUGCAGAAUCUGUAUUUAUGUUUAAUACAGUAAAUCUAUGAGUGAUACACAGUUAGUGCUAUUCAAGUUUUUCUUUCAUUCGUUAUAUUUCAGUUAAUAUUGUAGGCAAUAUAAAUUAUGCUAGCAGACACAAAUCUUUUGAGGGGGUUCAUAUUUAUUUAUCCGUCCAUACAAAAGUAUAAAUCAACAAAAACAAAUGAGAGGGGUACGCUUGGUUUUUGGUCCAAAUAUGUAAAGCAAUAAUUAGGGAACAAAAUUAAUAUUUUUUUUUAAUUUGACCAUAUAGAUAUAUUCCAGUGAAGAUUGUAUUUGACAAGUAUCAUGGUAUUUACAAUUGAAAACAGAAUAGUUGUUUGCUGUUUACAAAAUACUUAAAAAGUGAAUGUAAUGUUUGUUGUUAUGAAAUUCACUGAAAUUAAUAAUUUUCUUUAUUUUCUGACCCAUUAGCAAUGAAAACUAAAAGGAAUUUCUCUUAUCCAUAUUAUGGACCAAAGUAACCCCUUAAAUGUUCAUCUCAUCCUUCUUCACAUCUAAAACAAAAAGUAGUUACUUUUAUUCUAUUUUCUUUCUAUCCUUCUAUGAAGGGAAGAACAGAAGAGCAAAAGUAAAUGUAAGUAAGAAUUAUGUUCCCAGUCCCAUGGCCUAUUUAUGUGAUAAAACAAUGUCACGAAUUCAUACUAACAUGUUUUAUGUAUAGUUUCAAAUAUGUGACUUAUUUAUUUAUUUCAAUUAUAAAAAAAGUGUAUUGCAACUCAUCACUUAUUUUCAUUUCAGUUAACAAUUAUGUUUAAUAAGCAUAUCAGAGAUUAAGUUAUGAUUCAUUGAUUAUUUUAUGCAUUUAUUUUCAAUUCAUUUGUAUUUAGACUCCUUAUAGAUACUCAUUUCACAUCAACAAUAUCCUUUCUCACCUUUAUAUAAACCACUUAUAUAUAUAUUACAAGCAUAUAUUAGAUUUUCAGUUGGAUUAAUGCUUGUGAACCAUCUAACUUGAAAUUAUAUUAUCUACCUCUUAUAAAUGAAUUGUAAUCAGCAAAUUUAUUCAAUGUAACUCAGUUUUAAAUAGAGCUCAGUUGUUUUAAAGGCAUAUGUAUCCUAAAUUUUGUCAUUGAUCAGUAGGCUAGAUAUAUGUCUCCACCAAUUACUUUAUUCAUAGUCUCUCUAUAAAGAAUGAAACAAUCGGCUAUGACACCUGGUCAUACAGUUCAAAUUAUCAUACAGGGGUCAUGGUUCAGUUUGUUUUGUCUAUACCAAAAUGCAUGGAUAAUGGAACAGUAAACACCCUUGCAUUUACAUUGAAAACUGAAAUAUUCUAGGAGAGAAGUCAUCCCAAUAAUGAAAACAACCCUUCAUUAAAAAAAAAGAUAACAACCUGAAAUCUUAUCAAAUUGCCAACAUUAAAAGGUUUUACAACAGAAAACUUAUUUGCUUGAUGGACCUUGUGCAAUAAAACACCUGCUAAAUCCAGAUUAUAACUGAAUCAAAAUACUGGUAAACAAAUGUCAUAAUUAUAAACCAAGGGUAUAUAUAUCUUGAUAUAUUAAAUUGCAGUUAAUCAUUUCUGUCUUACUCCACACUAUUCAAAGAUUAAUACUUUAUGGAAAAAAAAACUAAUGAUUUAUCUACAAUCUGUUAUAAGGAUAUAUAACCAAUUUUUAAUAUCUAUGUAAUGAAUGAUUAUUCCUGUUGAUACUUAUUGUUAACCUCAGAUUUACUCUCAUAGAAAAUGUGUAGUAUGUUAGCAUAUACUUUAGUUACUUAAAAUGAUGCUGAUGAAGCUAAAUUAUGUUUUUCAUUUAUUGUUGGAAACAAACCAAUACAAAGGAUAUUGCAGGGUUUGGUAAAGGUUGUUUUUUCCAAUUAUAAAAAUAAUAAUAUGUUUACUCAAAAGAAAAUACAAGAUAUAUAUUAACAAUGAAAUUUUAGAGAAAUUCAUAAUAUCAAUUAACAUAUAUUGAUUCAUUACUCAAAUUUAUAUAUUUAUGCAUGUAUCACAUUUACAUGGUCUUUUCUUCUUAUUUUACUUUUUUUAUUAGAGAAGAAAGGAUUCUGUCGCAAAAUAAAUGAAAAAGAAUUAUACCUCAAAAACUGAGCAGACUUUAGUAAGAAUGUUGAAACAGUAUGUUGUGUAUUCUUCAUGAUUUUGAAAGGAUAAUCUUAUGUUCCAACAUAAUGAUGACCAUUGCCGUCUUUCAGCAUUUUAUAAGAAGUUGAGAAAAAAGUUUUAUGGCAAAUUUGCAGAUUAAGAAAGGAACAUAUUUAAAUAUAAGGUAGAUAAAUAAUUUGUAAGAAAAAUGGAAGUCAUUAUAGAAUAUACAUAAGUAUAAGGAAAGUAAAUUUUGUUUCUGAUCAAAUUGUGUAUUUUCUUCAACCUUUUUGCUAUCAUAGAACCAUUUUUCACUGACACAAAAUUAAAUGAUCGACAAUCCUUGAACUGGAGUUUCGGUAAUUACAAAAUACGUCAAAAAUAUUCCUUAAUAUAUUUGAAUUGACUGAAACUUAAAUUCCGCUUUGAUGAGUUAUCAUCAGUUUUGUAGUCAGAUCUUGCCAGGUAAAAAAAAAGCAAAUGUUUCUUUAUUACAGUUAAACAAUAACAAGUUCAAGGACAGUUGGUUUAUAGUUUACAAUAGGCAAUCAUACUUGUUUUUUUUAAUAAAAUUCUCCAAAAUACAAAACUAAGUGUUUAUGUUUAUGGUUAGGUAAGAUAAAAACCAACCCCUUACAAUUUAAUUUAGUGUUCUCUCUUUUACAAGCAUUAGUGCAUCUCUUCUGGUACUUUGACUUUUAAAAAUAUUUGCAUACGGUACUUUAAUGGCUGAAAUGUUAUUUUUAUUAAUUUUAUAAUUGAUUAACCACAAAUCUUUAGAUUCUGUAAAAGGAAAUAAGCCUAUUCUUAGAAGUACAUUUGAGUCUUAUUAACUACACAUACCUUCACAUUACAGAACAGAUACAUUUUGGUCAAUUUUGCUGUAAUGAGGUUAGACAUAUUUUUAUUUUAUUUUAUUUCAACAGUUUAUAUUAGCUGAUACAUGAAUAUGAUUAGAAGUAGGUUUUAAUGAAAAUCAUUUAAGACAUCAAAUGAAGGGCAUAAUAUAUUUACAAAACGUAAUGUUAUACAUGUCCAACAGAAAAGUUACAGAUUUAUCGAUUAAUCCAGAAAUUGAUUUUGAUCAGGAUAUGUCAAAAUAGAUACAAUCAUGUUAUAAUAUAUAUACUGGAAGUGUGCUUUAUUUAUGUACCAAAGAUCCUUUAUAGUUAAUAUUGCUGUUCUUAAUUAUCCUGUCUUCCUUUAUCCUAAGUUUAGUGAUAAGAUUUAGUAUGUAGAAAAUGUCACAUUAGACAAAGACACUAUAUUAGAUUGACAGAUCUAGUCAACUAGAUAUCACAAUCUGGGUAAUACUAUUUAUAGUGCUAAUAAUAGAUAAGUAUUGAAGCAGUAGUAAAUAACUGUAAAUUUAAUGCCAUGUUACUUUUUUAGAGCUAAAACACAACUGGUAUAUCAAACUUUCAGUUACUUGGCUUUGAUAUUUUAUGUCAUCAUGUAUAUGAUGUGCCAAAUAUGUAUAUGUAUGGUUUAGGAUCUAUGCAUCUUAGAAAAUGGUUAUUUAUAGAGUUUGUACUUCGUCAGGAAAACCUUUUUUUUUAAUUAAAAACGUGUGGCCUAUUAUAAGUGACAUUAUAUUCAGUAAGAGAAAAUUGAUAAAUGUCUAAGUUUUGAUUUAUAUCUUAAGGAUUGGUAAUUUUUUUAAUACAAUUGUUGCAAGUCAUUUCUUGACUGGAUUUUUUUUAGAAUUACAUGUGUGUUUGCUAUGUCAUUGACUGAUCCUGUAUUCCUGCAUGAAAUAAUGUUUUCACAAGAAAGGUUUGUAUUGACAUCAGACCAGACAAUAUGUUUAGCUCUAUAAAUACCUAAAUCAAUUAUUACAUCAAAAGAUUAGUCUGUGAUUUAUUAUUCUGGGGAUUUUUAUUGAUUGAUCUAAAGGAAUCAUGUCUAUUUUUUUCUUGUGCUCAACAGUGUAACACAGAUGCCUUUCAUACAUUCAAAGGAUGGGAAGCAUACAACUUGGAUAUUUUUUAGAAUAGAUGUGACUUGAAACAACCGUAUGGUUGUUUAUACACUUGUUUAAGUUUUUCAAUGAUCAUUUCUCCUUAUUAAAGCAACAAGCUUGUGAAUGAUUAGAUGAAAUGUCUUUACCCUAUAUAAUAACUGAGAUAGUUGUUCCACAACAACUACAUUACAAUCAUAAACAUUUUGGUUCAGAAAGUAAACCGCAGCUAAUAUAUGUAUGUUUUUGAUCAUAAAAUAUUAAAGUAUUAAAUAUAAUAUGUUAGUGUUUGUGUCAAUGAAUAUAUUCUACUAUUCAAAAUUGACGAAGUGCUUGUGCUUGAUUAUGAAAGAUUAUAAUUUUGUACAUAUUGUUACUGUAAACGUGGAUAUUUUUA